UUUCAUAAAUGCCCUGCACAUUUUUCUCAGCAAUAUAUUAAACCUGGUCUCAUGUUUAAAGAAGAAUAAUGAAAAUUCCACUGGUUCUUAUUGUUCCCUGAUUACAUGGCGAUCAAUUGCUCUGCAAAUAAAGGACACUUUAGAAGAUUUAACAGGGAAGUCCAUCUCUCACUGCAUUCUUUCACCAUGUCGAGAUCCAAGUGUUAUAGGUGAUUUGUGGUGAUUAACUUUGCCAUUCCUUGUUACCAAGAAUUCUUCAGAAAUACAACAGAUGGACCAUCACUUUGCCGAAUGAAACAGCGUAUUGGACAUUGUGUUAUAUCAAAAUUGGAAGACAGUGACAAAACGAACUCCACUUGUCUCGUCAGAGAUAUGUUAAGUAUGGCCAAAAGAUUUAUACCCCUUCUGCCUGAACAGCUCCAAGAAAAUGCAAGUUUUUGUCUCAAAUAUUUUUAUUCUGAAUUUCCUGCACCUUUUGAAAAUGUAACAGAUAUUAAAAUGCCUUCAGGGAAUAAAGAAACAAACACCGACUUUUCCCAAACAGCAACUUUUCUUGCGGUUGGAUUUGCGGUUGCACUAAUAUUUGCUAUCAGUUUUGCAAUCAGCAUAUACAAAAUAAGAGCAAUAACAUUGAGAAAAAGACGACAAGAAUUGAUGCGCCUCCCAAGUAUUCCAAAAUCAAAGGACACUCUAUACGAAAAAAAUUUAACCUACCCAGAGAGUCCGUAUUCCAAUCCCGACUAUGAAAUAAUAGAGGAAGAAAAUGAGGAUUACGAACAUUUGCCCGAACCAGGAGAAAAUACUUUAACAGACAAAGAUGGGUCAUAUAUAGAUCCUAACAAUGCAGAUGGAACAUAUUUAGAUGUAGUGCAUAGCGAAAACAAACCUAAUGAUUACAUUAACGUUCCCCCUUACAUUGAUUUAGUUGAUGAUGCAAUAGACGAUUCUUUGAAAUCAGGGGCUGUGGACAAUUUACAAUCAGAGAAUGCUGCUACAAUAAACUUAACUGAGAAAAUAGAUGUGGACGAAAUAAAGACAUAAACGAGGAUUUUCCCACCAUGAAUGUGCUACCAAACCAAAAGAUAAUUUCGGAAAAGUUAUCAAUAC